AGCUGUCGGUUAGCCUGCAUCGGUGGAGGUGCAUCUGCAGAGUCUCGACUCGGUCUCGAAUCCGUUGGGUUUGAACGACUUCCGGGCUCGCGUCGGGCACAUUUGUUUACCUCUGCGCCUACUUGGUGUUCUUUUUUUUGAGUGACCUUCGCCCCCAUGAUUUCGGCGGCCUGACCCGAGGGCGGCACUUCCAGCGACAGUUGCAACCGUAAGUGUGGUGAGGAUGUCGCCUGCCGAGCAGCUUCGCUUGGUCGGGGGAUCGGAUGCCUACCAGUUGGCGGCGAGCACUGGAGGCGGAGGAGGCUCCUCCAGGGGCGGUGGAUCCGGAGGCGAUGCUGCGGGCGGCGGUGACGCCAAGCUGAACGACAAGUAUGCGAUGGCCUUGUCCCACUUCCUCGACUUUCACUCCAACGAGACGGUGGACGUGGAGCGGCUGAGCGGUCCGAUCCUGAAGUCCAGCAUCAAGUCGGUCUACUGGCUGUUCCUCAUCCAGUACGCAGCCCUCGCCCUGCUGGGCGUGGUCCUCAACGUGAUCAUCGUGGUGUACAUCAUGUACCACCGGCUCUACAAGGACGUGACCCAUGCGUUCAUCAUCAAUCUGGCGCUGUGCCACUUCGUCCAGUGCGCCCUCGUCCUGCCCGUCUCCCUGAUGGUCAUGCUCAUCCAGAACUGGAUCUUCGGCCAGUUUCUGUGCUUCUUUCUGCCCAUGCUGCAGGACAUACCGCUGCACGUGGCCAUGAUCUCGCACAUCCUGAUCGCCUGGGACCGCAUGCGCUGGCUGAACGAUCCGCUCAAGGGCCGCCUGCCGGGAUUCGUCUGCUGCUGCGCCACCUGGCUGACCGGCAUGGUGAUUGCCCUGCCCUACCCCAUCUACACCAUCUACGUGGAGCUGGGGGACUACAUGCCGCAGCUGUCGGGGAUCGGAUUGUGCGUGGUCAACCUGAUGGACGACAUGCAGGAGUACACCCGCGGGCUCUUCCUGCUCAUGUACUGCGGCCCGGCCAUCCUGCUGUCCUACCUGUACAUCCGCACCUCGCAGGAGCUGCGCCCGCCCGACGGCCCCUUCGCCGUGAUGAUGUACGAGCACCGCGCGGAUGUGCGGAUCCGCCAGAGGAACUCCUCCACAUCUUCGGUGGAGCCCCGGCAGCUGAGCGGCGGGGGCGUGGCCGGGCUGAGCAACGGGGGCGGCAGCUCCGCCCGCUCCUACGACCUGUACAGCGCCGAGCUGGACGUCCACCGGGAGAAGCGGAAGCAGCGCAACUUCGGCAGCAUGGCCGCCACCCAGGUGGUCUGCAUGUGCCCCCUGAUGAUCCUGCGCUUCGCCAGGCUCUCGCUGGAGGAGACCUACGAGAACGCGAAGCACUUCGACUUCACCUACCUGAUGUUCGUGUGGGUGGCCUUCCUGCCCACGGUCAUCUUUCCGUGCAUCUAUGCCUCGCAGAUAUUGCCCAGAGAUGAACAGGAGCGUCUGAGGGGCUACUUCCGUCUCUCCUCCAGGCGCAAGCAGAAAGCUCAGCGCCGCAGCGAUGCUGGCGGUGGAUCCGCGAUGGGGGGCAGUUCCCGCGAGAAUUCCAUAGAGAAGGACGCCACCUUGGGCACGACCAGUGCUCACCACGCCUCGGAGCCGCACAAGCAGUCGUCGAAGCUGCGCCACGAACGGGAGGUGCGUCUGCCGGGGCACGGAUCGUCGGGAGGCGGAGACCGCUACACUGGAGCACCCUACCGCCAGGGCAAGGACCGGGACAGGGAGAGGGACAGGGAUAGGGAGAGGGAACGAGAUAGGGACAGGGAUAGGGAGCGCGAACGGCAGAGGGCGGGCGGUCGGGGAGCGGGCGAUGCCGGGGUGGUCAACAACCUGGGCAAGGACGUGCGCGGCAAGAAGCACGACGUCAAGAUCAACAUUAUCUCGGAUGGCGUUGGGCAUGGCGGCUCCAGCCAUGCCCAUCCCGGCCACCGCAAGCAGUCUGGCAGCAACAGCAGCAGCAACAACAACGGCCGGAGUCGCCCCAAUCCCAGCCAGCGGCAUGGCGGCAAGCUGGCCGCCGACUGCCUGUCCAACGUGACCGCCUCCACCUUUUGCAACGGCAGCGGCAGCGUCAACGCCAGCGGAACCGGAAAUGGUCUGGGAAGCGUUUUGAUCCCCGACGACAGCAGCACCAGCAACUACGGCGACGGCGAGGAGAGCUCGGUGGUCAGCAGCAUGAUGGUGCCGCCGCAGCGCUGGCCAGGAUCGGGGGGCGGGGUGCUGCGCCACAAGGACGUGUCCUUCAGCGAGUGCAGCAGCACCUUCUCGUCGAGCACCCUGGAGCGCGACCUGGAAAUCAUGGACCAGCUGGAGCGGGAGCGUAGCAUGGACAUCCAGGAGAUGCUGCAGCGCGAGCGGGAGCGGGACAAGGUGCGCCGCCAGCUGCCGGACAUCGAGAAGUUGUAUGCGCAGCGUUCCCCCAAAGGCAAGCGAGGCGAGGCGGCUGGAGCGGGGGCCGGAACCGGUAGUGGGGCGGGACUGGCGCUCGUCAUGCCCGGCAGCGACCCGCUGAGCAGCCUCUCGCAGUCCCAGUCCCUCUCCACGGAGUACAGCCUGUGCUCCACCUUGGAGACCACCGGUGGCGGCGGUGGAGGAGGAGGUGUGUCCGUUGGCCACGAGGAUGUGCUGCAGCACCACCUGGAGGAGGUGGAAGAGGAGGUGGUGCCGCCGGACUUCUACGACAGCUACACGCCCGGCGGCUCCCAGAACCUGCCGCCCAAUGCUGGCGGCGUGCCGGUGGCCUCCGCCGUAGUUCCCGCCUACCAGUACCAGUACAGUCGCAGCCGGCUGAGCCGGAAGAGCUCCGGCUCCGGCUCGAGCCACCAUCACCAUGGCCAUCAUCAUGGCCAGCAUGGCGGCGGGGGCGUUGGGGGCGUGGCCGGUGGACGCGGCUCCAAACGGGACAGCUUCAAUUCGCUGAACGGCACGGACCUGAUCGCCGGCGCCUUCUGCGAACUGGAUCCCACGCAACCGCUGAACAAGAUGGCCGUGAUCGAGGGCCGGAUGCGCCGGAGCAGUCCGCGCAACGCCAGCUUCAGCUCCGGAUCCGGCGUGUCCGGGCGCAGCUCGAUGAAGUCCUCGUCGCGGGACUACGACUACGGCCACGGCUCCUCCUCGCACUCGGCGCAUCCGGAGCUGGACUUCAGGGAGAACAUCUUCGCAGAGCUGUAAGAUGUGGAUGCGCUUGAACGUGGAGCGGAUGUGGGAUGAGGAUGUGUCAGGGAUGGCAGGGAUGGCGAAGGGAAACGAAAAGCUUUACGGUUACGGAUUUGCCAGGAGUUGUGCAGCCCAGGAGCUAUGUGUUUAAGUAGGACAAUUGCAGGAGCUGUAUUUUUUUUGUAGGGUACGGGUGGGGUUUUUUAGCAAAGGCAGUUGCUCAUCAGAGGACAGACAGUCAGUGGACUACGAAUACUUGUAAGGACUCCAGACCUACGGAGACAGAUACAUUUACACCUAAAUGCAUAAGAUAUACCACAAAUAUAUAGACCGAGUUAUUGGAAUACUUCGCCCAACUGGUUGUUGACUAGUGUUUGUUGACUGUUGCGACCGCAGAGUGGAGGUCGCGGAUCACAGAUCACGGAUGGCAGGUGACAGAUGACAGAUGACAGUGUUUAGGGAUCACAGAUCGCAGUUUAGAGAUCGGAGUUUGCAGAGAAGUGAAAACUGUGCCAAGGAACGGAGGGGAGCUCUCCCACAAAGCAUAUAUGUCUUUUAAGUGUUGCUAACUUUGAGGGGCAGGGAGGUUCCGGUGUUUUAAACUUUCCCAAGCUACAUACAUACAUAUAUGGAUAUAUACAAUACGAUAUAUACACUAGACAUAUGCUAAGACAUAUUGAAUAUUACCAAUCAAAUGCAAAGUUUAUUGAAUGUUAAAUCAAAGUCAAAUACGAGAUACAAAUCGGAAUAAACCAUUAAAGUUAUAGCUGUAAGUCAGGGCAAUUCUUCUGAGCCCCAAAGAAUUGCGCCCACACCCACACAACCACACACUAACACAAACCUCAAUUCGUUGGGCCAGACCCGAUCCUGCCCAGAAACACAGACCCAUAUACUAUCCCCUAUUUGUGCAAGUGUCCGUGCGUGUGUCUAGCGAUAAGUUCAUUUUUCUGUGCCGCUCCGCUGGCUAUUUGUUGUGGUGGUUCGGUGGCUCAGUGGCUCGGUGGCUCGGCGGUGCGGUGGUGCGCCGGCGCUGCCUCGGUGUGAGCAAAACUAAUAAAAACAAAUUUUAUGUGAGUUGAACACACAAAAGCAAA